CAUCGAGAGAGAGGGCGGUCCUUGUCUCCAGUCUAAACUUGAUAACGUACACAUUUGAUCUACAAAGAAAUCGACUGCCUGAAAUAAUUGACAGAAUAAUGUACUUAAUUGAACUAUUGUUUGAAUAGACAUAUUCAUAAAAAUUCAACCCAGACACGCUAUUGUAGACUGUAAUUAUUGCACGUGACAAGACAACAAUGGUCUGAUUUACAUAUUUCUAGAGAAUAGAAAAUAUUUGCACAAGUAUUAAUUUUUUGCACAGCAAAAAAAUGGACACCAUACCCAAUACUAACAAUAGAGUUGACGUUGAUGAUUUGUUGGAUUUUCUUGGUGAAUCUCCAUCCUCCAACACUAACACCACCACCACCACACAGUCAGCUGCCACCAUUAGUAAUGUCGAUUUGUUUGACUCACUUUGUGAUUUUUCUGAUUAUUCCAUCAUUCCAGAUGCUCAGACAGUACCGAACUAUGAUAACUCGACUGCACCAGAUUUAUUAUUAGACGUCUCUUCUUCUUAUCCCCAGACUGAUAGUUUUGUGAUGAUUAACGACGAUGAUUUAUUUGGUGAUAGUAUAUCGACCACUAUAGCUGAAACCACACAACAAGAUGAUAUUGAUGAACUAGAUUUUGGUGUAUCUAGUACUUUAUCUACCCAAGAACAAACCCCAAAUAUUUCUGUAGAUCCAAUGAUAAAUGAUGAAGAGACAUUAACUAAUGAUAAUUGUAUGAAUGAAGAAAGUAUAACUAAUGGUGAUGUCGAAAAUCAGGAGUUUAAUUUUGAUGUUAUAGAGCUACCAUCCAGCUCAGAGUUAGGUUUAGGUGCCCAACAUUUUAAAGGUCAAAUUGCUAAAAAAGGGUCAUAUGCACUGAGAAGAAAACCAUCUAGGAAAGGUGUUCGUUCAAUUUUACCAAAUGACGAAAACAAUAUCUACAUAGAUUCCACAGAACCUAAAGAAGAGGUUACUUCGCGAGAUGAAGAUGAAUCAACAGAAACCAGUGAGACAGUUGAGGAGGAAGCACCAAUUGCUCCAACAAAAACAUCUAAACCAGCAUUUGUUAUGCCAGGCUUACAUGAUCUCAAAAAGUCUAAGUUAUUUGCAAAAACACAAACCAAAUCAGAUGAUGAAGAUGAAGAUAGUACUGUAUACCAAAAUACUGACAGUGAAAUUAGUAAACCACCAGAAGCAGAUGUCGUAAAGGAAAAUAAACCAGUAGGGGUCCGUGUUUUACCUACUUUACCAAAAAUUGGAGGAAGAACACAACUGAAAACUGGAGUCCGGGUUUUACCGACUAUCCCCACCAGUGAAGAAAAACCCAAAGCACAGGAAGAUGAACAAGCAUCUAAACCACAUGAAAAUGAAAGAAAACCCUUUGAAAUGGAAAAUAAACGGUCAUCUCUUCAUGAUGAAGGUUUUAGUGAUGACAUGUUAUUUGGUGGCAUGAAUGAAACAUCGCAGAAAACUGAUGUUCCAAAAAACUCUGGAAUGUUAACUUCUAAAAUUAUUGAAGAAAAGAAACAGAAAGAAUCAGAAUUAGUGGAGAAAAAUGAAUCGUUUACACAAGACAUUCCUGUUUCAAUUACCUCCAUUGCAGCUGCACAAGUGAAAACCCCAACAAGAAGUCCAUCACCACCUCCCAGUAUAAAACCCCUGCCUACCAUAGAUAACCCACCUGUCAUACCAAAUAGAUUAUCUUUAACAAGAAAAGAGCUGCCUCCGUCCCCUGAAAAAACUCAAAGCAGUGUUUCUAAAACAGAAUUGGUUUCCAAACGAAAUUCCCUGAAUGCCAUGCUACUUAAAGAUGACGAAGAAAGUAAGAAAACAUUCCAGACAGUUGAAAGUGAAUUAAAGACUAAAAACUCUUUUAAUGAUUCUAAAGAAGAUUUAGGCAAAAAUAGUUCAUUCAGUGAUACAAAUAAAGAUUUUGGCAAUUCAUUUGAUGACAUUAAAGUUACUCUAAGAAAUACAUCACAUACUUCCAAUACACCUUCCUAUAAGAGACAUACUAUUCACCUUGAAACAGGAAAUACUCCAGCAAAGCUUUAUACAAAAGAAGAAAAACGGUCAAGUAUAUGUUCAGAUCCUCAGAAGACAGAUUCGCCUUCCAAUCUUUCAUCAUGGCUGACAGAACCGAAAUUAAAGAAGCCACCUCCGCUAUCAGAGAAAAAUGGAGGUAAUCGAAAUAAUUCCAAUAACUAUGAAAGUACAUCUGCCCAAGAUACUGAUUCUAAGACACCAUCUGGGUUUAAAGAGAUGCAUGCUAGAAAAAGUCGUGUGAAACCUGAUUCCAGCAACAAUAAAAUUAACGAAGAUCAAAAACCAGCCAAACCAGCCAAACCAGCCCGGUUGGCUACAAAGUUAACCAAAACAUCAAAAGUCGGAAUCUCACAAGAAAAUGAAAAUCAAGAAAAUGGUGACAUAAAAGAAAAAAUCAAUCCUAGUGUGCAAUUGAGAAAACCAACUGUUGAAGUACAUGUUGAAUCAAAGAGAAAAUCAUUCCAUAAAGAAUAUUCCAGUCAAGAAAGCAACGAUUCCAAUGAAAAGAUAACUUCACCAUGGUUAUCAAAUAUAAAACUACGUAAAACACCUAGUCCUGCUAAAGAAGCAGCACGUAAUACAAUAGAACCUGAAUGGAAGAGAAAAGCUGAAGAGAAAAGAGCACGAUUUCUCAAAUCUGGACUAUUAGAUCAGUAAAAGCUUGUAUGGUGUGGUUGUAGAGAAAUUCUUUUUGGCUCAAGAACCAAAGACUGUGAUUAAUAGUUGUUCAUGCAGUUGUUAAACAAUGUCAAAGUAAAUUAUGGCUCAAAUAUGUUACAAUUUUAAAAUAUUGCUUUUUAGAAAGAAUAUUUUUUAAAUGAAUUUUUUAUUGUGAAUGACAAUUUGGUUUACUAGAAUAUAAAUUUUUAUGUGAAUCUUUUUAUCAUUAGUUGAAUUUGCUGUUAAUAAAAUUUUAUUAUUAGCCGUAGUAAGGUACCAAUGAUAAUAAUUGAAAUUGAGUGUUCAUAUAUUUGUAAAUAUGUAAAUUUUGUUGUAAAUCAAGGCAAAAUGGUUUGUAUAUCUGGGUGUUGUUCAUUAUUAAUUUAUUAUUUUCUCAUGUUGAUGUAAGUACAUAUAUUAUUUGGUUUUCAUAGCCAUAUUAUCUCUGUAUUUUAUAAACAUAAAAUGACAUUCUCUAUAACAAGAAGAUCCAGUUCUAGUGCUUUAUAGAACGCUGUAAUCCCCUAUUAGUAUUAGUAGUAGAUAGGUCCAAGUUUUAAAUGAAACACACUACAAACUGCAAAAAAAUGAAGCUGCCAGAAUUUCAUAUUUAGCCAUUUCAGUGUUGAAUUUUGGACAAAAGUUCUAAAAAUCAUCAAUUUGUAAAUUAUCACAUUCACAUUGUAUAAAUAUUGAUUUCAUUUCAAAACAACCCUUUGACCUUCACUAUUAACAUUGUUGAGAUUUUUUCCUCCUUAUCUAUUAUUUUACAUGUUUUAACAUUCUUUUAUUUCUGUCUCAUGUUCUGCCACAUUUCUUUCAUAAAAAAAACUAUUCAUUCAAUAGUCAUCCAAGAUAUAAGUGCUAGUGGUAAUGAAUUUUAAAAUAUAUAAUAAUGGAAUAGUAAAACUGAGAUAAUUUAAAGUCAUUUAUGUUUGUUUUAUUUCAGUACACUGUGCAUCCCACAGUUUUCACACUCAUUUCGAAGUAAAUCCCUAAAUUCCAGAUUUGUUUUAUUAUUUUGUUUUAUAUCACAUAACAAAUUAAUAUUUUUAAAUUAUGAUUUGUCAUUUUUAUAAAUAGAUUUUAUCUUUACUGUAUCUUAAUUUUUUGUUUAAGUUUUGUUGAACAUUUAUGGAGAUUCUAGAAUUGAUAAAUGAUGAGUCAACUGUUACUUUGGUUCUGUCAUAAAUAUUAAGCACAAGACCAAUAAUUAUCUAGAAUUAGAGACCAAUGUUCCCAACAUACACAGCAGUUGUCCGACAAAAUGAGAAAAAAAAGAUUCUUUUUAUUUUCAAGAUGCUUUAAAGAAUGUAGGAUGUCAAAAUUCAAGUAUUCACCAUCUCUAUAAUCCAUGCUUUUUACCAUUAACUAUUAUAUGCCCAUAUUUCAUUGUGGACGUUUUGUGUCAUCACCCUGUCCGUCCAUCAAUAAUUGGCUUGUGAAUGCGAUAGAGGCUACAGGCGUUGAUGGAUUCUUUUCAAAUUUGAUGCAAACCAUUGUGUCAUGAGAGGCCAAACCCUUGUGAAUGCGUUUGGAUAUUCAGCUCUGUUAUCAUGAGAGAUCAGAUUUCUUAAAGGCAUCCCUUAACAAAUUUGAUCAACAUCCAAGUUUUCAAUUCAGAUAAGCUGCUGUCAAACCAUAGCUGCUGUAUCGGAGUUUGCAUUGCAAUCUUUUCAUCCUUUUAUGUAAGGGGAGGUUUCGACUAAAGUCCAUGCUCAUUUUGGGAAAUUAAAUUUGAGGAAAUUUGUUUCAGAAAUGAAUAUCAUUUGACAUGGAGUCUUUUGCUCUUGAUGUAAAUAAUUGUUCUUAUACUAAAAUAUAAAUAAGGCAGGAGGUAAUUAACACGUCUAGCUUUUCCUGUAAAAGGGGUUAAGUAUUAAUUUAAUACUGGUAUUUUGCAUGAAUGGCUUCAUUGUAUCUUUCAACACAAUCUACUCAAUUUUAUUUUUUUAUAUUUAAUAUUUUUAUGACAUUGUUCAUAUUAUAGAUCUUAUUUGGAGUAGCUGCAGGAAAGUAAAUUUAAGAAUAACUGUAAUUUUGUUCUAUAUUCUGUGUUUAUCACAUUGUAAAAACACCUCAAACUACAAAACAACAAGGAAAACUGCAUUUAGAAUAAGUUAAUUUUUUUUGCUAUUAUCAGAGAGAAUCUAUACCAUGACUGAGAAACAAUGGAAUUAAAACUAUGUAAAUGCAAAAUACAUAUAUAUUUGGAAAUACACACUGUUUUAUGGCCACACACAUGUGUACACAUGACCUUGUUUUUUGUCUCAUUUGAAGGACUAUACUCUGUUUCUUGGCUGGCACGCCAUCCCACAAUACUGCUUAAGAUAAAAUAAAACAAUCCAACUAAUUAACUUGUUUAAUAACAUUUCUUGAGACUACUCCCUUUUUAGAUAUUUGUAUAUAUUGAGAGAGAGAGGGAGAAAUGGGGUUUAACGUCCACUCGACACAAACUAGGUCAUUUCGGGACUAACAUAUGGUCAAAUUUUAUUUCAAUAAUUUGCUCGCGCAUAGGGGUCUUUAGCAGUGGGAGAAAACCGGAGGACCCGGAGAAAACCCACGAGGUUGGACAGGCGACCCUACUCCUUGUCACGUACAACCCGGGAUUCGAAACCACGCCAGUCGACUCAAUGACAGACUUUAUGAUACAGCGCGCGCACGCUAACAAUUCAGCCAUCCAACCCCCCCUGUAUAUAUUGAAGUUAUUACUGAUAUUAUUCAAGUACCAGUAUUUUUAUAAUCAAAGUUGCGCAAACAAAUAAUUUACAUCUAAAGCAAAUCUAUUUAAAUCUAAAUUGUUAUGUAAUAUUUGAGCUGUUUUACAGAUAAAUAUUCUGAGUGAAGAGCA